AUGUCUCACUCUGUUGACGAGGCAGAUAAAGAUUGCACGCAUACUCCCAGGAAGCUUAUUCUCUGUUUCGAUGGCACUGGAAAUGUGUUCAACGGGAACACUUCGGAUACCAACAUAGUUAAACUGUACGACAAGUUCGACAGAAAAGACCCUAUGCAGUACCACUACUAUCAACCCGGCAUUGGAACAUACAGUGCUGAUGGAGGACCAAUCAACAAAAGUUUCAUUGGCAACAUCAAAUCAAAGAUCUCGAAAACCAUUGACAGUGGUUAUGCCACCACCUUUGAUGCCCAUGUCAUCGCGGGCUAUCGCUUUAUCAUGCGAUAUUACAAAGAAGGCGACAAGAUCUACAUGUUCGGCUUCUCGAGAGGUGCUUUUACUGCUCGCUUUCUUGCACGCAUGAUUCAUGGACUCGGCCUGCUCUCUGAAGGCAAUGAGGAGAUGGUUCCAUUCGCAUAUGAUCUGUACCAGCAGUACGAGAAAGGACUGCUACCCGAUGCUCAGCAGAAGCAAGAGGAUCCUCCAAAGGAUACGGGGUCGAAGAAAGCAGCACCCACCAGCGAGGAACGUCAGCCUCUUCUUCACCAGGAUGACGAACCCGAUGAGCAACAGCUCAAGAGACAUAAGCUUGAAGCUUUCACAUCGACGUUCUGCCGUUUAGAAGGCAUUAAGAAUCAGCGUAUCAAAGUACACUUCUUGGGACUCUUUGACUGCGUUAGUAGUGUCGCAGUUCUAGACAGCCCCUUUGGCAAGGUCCCCAAAGCUGUCUCCGUCCUCGGAACCGCCCAUCACGUUCGCCAUGCAGUCGCUGUUGACGAGCAUCGCGUCAAAUUCAAAGCAGCUUUGAUGCAUCAAGACGUUAAGGAUGCUAAAGCGUUAAACGAAGUCAUCAAGGAAGUUUGGUUCCCCGGAAACCACGGUGACGUUGGUGGGGGUUGGCCUGCUCCACAACCCAAAGAACCUAGCUGGUGGCAAAGAUACUUCACAUCCGACAAGAACGGUAAGCCCUCUGAUCGGAGCCAAGAUCCCUAUCAGAUGAGCGAUGUGCCUUUGGCUUGGAUGAUCCGCGAAUUGGAGCAGCUAGGAGCAGUUGACGAUAAGUCGGCCAUCAAAUGGAACCCCAAGAAAGAUGGAUUUAAGAAGAGCUUCUUCAAGAAGAUCAAUCAAGCGUACGAAAGCCCCAUGCAUGAUACACUUACGGUAGGAGGCGGUUCCUCUUUCUUCAAGGUCAUGCUUUGGAAAUUCAUGGAAAUCCUGCCCUUUCAUCGUUGGGAACUGCAAUGGAACGCAGCGAAGAAUGCGUUUGGGUGGGUCUAUACCGCAUGGCCGUUGAAUUUGGCAUCGGGACGAGACAUUCCCGAGGGGGCGCUUUUGCACGACUCUCUCCUAAAGAGAUUAGCACGUGAGAAGCAUUGGAAAGCUGGAAGGGAGUCGAAAUACCUUCCAUGCAACAACCAAGGCGAUAAAGGGAAAAACAAAUCGCCAGAGUGUUUGCUGAACACCAAGUUCGACCCCGUGAAGAAACUCGAGGACAGAGGUGUACCGAAAACAAAAGACAUCGACUUCGAUGAGCCUGCUGGCAUCCACGACAUCUACACUAUCGAAGGUCAGAUCAAGUUUAGUGGCUGGGAUACUAAGCUGGUCGAACCAUAG